ACAUUUGGCUUUGACCCAGCUCCCAUUGACAACACUCCCAUUUCGAAUCGCAGCCCACGACAAGAAGCAGCUGUAAUAUAUCCAUUUGUUAGAUUAAUUUUCACGGAGGAGAAGCCUUGACAGCUAUUGUCCGAUGCAGAGGGCCAACAGGUAUCUACGGCAGUGCCAGCGCCCGUGCCAGGAACUAUAAUAUCCCGACGUGUUGGCCCGGGGCCCACUCCAGCGGCAUGCCACGGGUACCUGGACGUCAGAAAAUUGCAAGAGGAGAAAUCAUUCUGACGGCAAAACCCUUUAUCUACAUUUUGAAUGUAGUUAAUAGAGGUCUUUGCUGUGAUCACUGCUUAAAGAGGCAAAAUGGCUUACAGCGAUGUUCUGGAUGCGCCAAACAGUGGUACUGCAAUAGAGACUGUCAACGUGGGUCAUGGGAUAUGCAUCGAUUUGAGUGUAAAAACUUGAAUCGCAUCUAUCCUUUGGAUCCUCCAGAUGCUGCAAGGCUCCUGGCAAGGGCAAUCUUUCGACUCAAGAAUGGUGGAGACAAAACAGAAGAGAAGAUAGAGGAAGGAAGAUUUAGAAAGUUCAAAGAUUUAAUGGAUCAUAAUAAGGAUAUCAAGGAGGAUGAAAAAAGAUAUGAACACUUCUUGUCACUGGUAGUUGUUUUACACAAAUAUAUUGGAGAUGAGAAUCUUCCCAACGAAGCAGACCUUCUGAGGAUAUUCGGUCAAAUUUGUAUUAACAGUUUUAACAUCAAUGAUGACAAUCUGAAUCCAGUGGGGACAGGGCUCUAUCUUGCUGCUUCAAUAUUUGAUCAUUCUUGCCAACCAAAUGCCUUUGUGACUUUUGACGGCACCUCAUUGACUGUUCGGUCCUUGAUUGACUGGAAGACCAUAGACUGGAAUAAGAUUAGAAUCAGUUAUAUUGAUGUCAUGAACACUAAGGAAGACCGUCUUAAGGAACUACACCAGCGAUAUUAUUUUUGGUGUGACUGUAACCUUUGUCAUGACAUGAGAAGGGAUAUGGUAAUGUCAUCCAUCAUUUGUGGUAACAAGGCCUGCACUGCACCAGUUUAUAUUGAUGACAAAGAAGAUGUAGAUGCUGCUGUUGGGCCUUGUUCAGAAUGUGGAUUUAGUGAUUUUGAACCCAGCACAAGAGCCAGAUAUUAUGAAGUCCUGACAUUUAGUCGAGAUGAGAUUAAAACAAUGGAGAACAGUAACUGCUUUUACCUAGACAUCUGCAAAAAAUUGUUGGAACUUCAGGAAAAUAUGUUUCAUAAAUUAAAUGUCUGGCAAGCCAAAGCACUGGAUUGUGGAUUUGAAGCAGCAAUUGGUUUAAACAUGUUCGAAACUGCAAAGAAGUUUGGUAUUGAAAAUGUGGAUGCUAUCAAAUAUUAUUAUGGUGAACAACAUCCAACGUAUGGAAUGAUACUUUUGAAGAUUGGGAAGAUCUGUGACUUUUUAGGGGAUAUAAAAGAAUCCCUGUAUUUCCUGCAGCAAGCAGAACCUAUUCUGCGUGUAGGUCUCGGAUCGCAGCACCCGGCAUGCAGGGAACUGUGUGAACUUCAGCAUAAAGUACUUGAAGAAAUAAAAUGUACUUCGAUGCAAUAAAAGUCUGCGAAAGGAUAUACAGGUAUGUAAAGUAUCCUCGGGAUGUUGAUGUAGUUCUACCAGCAGGUGUGUUACAAGCUGAACGAUAAUCAUCUCUUCGAUUUUCAUCUGAAUCUUCAGCAAAAUAUUCGGAGACUGUAGUCAACGCAUAUAUAUCCAUAAGUUUAAUUCAUAAAUCAUUCAUUGAUCACAGUGCUAUAGCAUACAUCAUGUUGUUAUUCAUGGUUUCUCUACUAAAGAAAUUUUGUGUUUUUCAUUGUUUUAAGGAAGCAAGACCGCUUUUGAUAAUAAACGUGAUAGAUCAGUAAAUUAUUUUAGCCUGAUUUUAUGUAAAGCUUUCAACUGUUCCUUUGAUUUGUUGAAAAAUCAUGGCCAGCAAUGUACCAUUGUUUAUGUGUUAACAAUAAGUAAUAAAUUGUAACCAGU